GUCUAUUUCUCUGUUUUGCUCUAUGUCUAUUUUCUCUUCUCAAUAGAUCGCCUUUGUCUGAUUCUUUCGAUCCCCUUUCACUCUACCAUCGCAGGCCUGCAUUUUCUCUACUUUUGAGAUCAGCAUAUCAUAAUCUUUCAGAUCUCAUAUGAUAUGGAACCAUAAAUUCCUCAAUCAAGAGUUUAGGGGUUUGAUUUUCAAAGUGUAAUCUCACUUCUGCAAACACUUUCAGGUAGCUAUUCCUCUCUUCUUCCUUUGCUUAUCUGUAUUAUUUUUGGUUAGAGUGAUAUUCUCUGCUCCAUAUAAUACACUCUCAGACUCUCAGUAAACCCAACACCCAUUCUCAUUUGCAUAUCUUCUGAUCCUUUCUUAGACCCCGUUGCUAUCAUUACCAAACCUAGACAUUCUUACCCAACCCAUCACCGCCGACCACGAUCCUGGAUCAAACCCAGAGCUUCUUACCCAACCCAACCCAUCACCGCCUACCACGAUCCCGACGAUCCCGGAGCAAUCCUCCGCCGCCUGCCUGCUAGACCUCUCGUAGGAGUUGUUCCACGGGAUCAAGUCUGCAUGCGGGUCGAAUGCUUACACUAUCCGCGACGGAGCCACCGGAGCAAGGGUUCUUGUGGGAUCUGUCGGAUAGAAUUUAAACCCUCACCAUAUGUAGAUUCGGUGGGGAAACCAUCCAGUGUCGUUGGCUUUGCUGUGCGAAGGAGAAGCCAUAAAUGGUUUAUGCCUAAGUUUGGUUCGAAAUAUGCUCAGGUUCACAUGAAUACUUCUGCUGCUCAAGGAUGCGUGACGCCCCUGUUUCAUUUACAUCAGUUGGACAUAGUGACUGGUGAAAGAGGAAUAGGAAAUAAUUGUCUUUAAUUCAAGCUCUAAGAUUCUUUCAGGAGAAUUUUUAUUUGAAAAAGAAUAAUAUGAAUUUAAAAAAAAUGCAUGAAAAAGUUGACAUAAUUUGGUUAGAAAUUGUUAUGUUGGAUUAUAUAUGUUGAUGACCUGUGUAGUUCAUCUGUUGAAUACGUAUAAUUUAGUCUGGAAAUAUGUUAUUUGACAGAGAGAUUCAAACUUGUCGUAUAAUUCUUGAAUUUUGCUGAACUCCUCCCCGCCGGCGCCGGCGCCAUACACACUACUCUUUGGGUUGAAUUUUGCAAUUUGCAUAUGGGUGCAUUAACGUUGUCUGAACUUUCAUGGGUCUGCAAAUGGUGAAGAAGAUCACGGGUGAACUUUAAAAUAUAAAGCUGAUGAAGAAUUGGACAUGAAAGGACAAAAUUACCCUUCUACUUCACAGAGACUUAACCUCAAUUUGGACGGUGGACUAAAAUUGUCCAACAUUUAUUAAGUCUGGACAAAAUGUGACAAAAUUAAUAAAGUCGGACUAAAUGUGUCCAACGCCCAAUAAAUAUGGGAGAACUGAAGAAAUUAGUUGAAGCAGGUAAAGUGUUAUUUGAAGCUCACCGGAACACAUUAAGGAGGGCACACGCAGUUCAUUGUAUCACCGCCCUGCAACCUGAGUACUCCUCCUGGGAUCACGACAUUGGAGAGGAGAUUAUACCUCGUUUCAGAUACACUUCCUGAAACUGAAGAAGAGAUUACAAUGGCUCUGAAGACGACAACUACUGCUUCUUUCUGUUCCAUCCGUUCUCUCUUCCUCUCACUCUCAAUCCUUUGUUCUCUCUCCAUCUAUUUCUUUUUCUUCACCAGUACAACCCCAUCACUACAUCUUCAAAAUCUCCAAAGCCCCUCAAGUUCCAUUAAAGUCUUUGUUGCAGACCUUCCCAGAUCCCUCAACUACGGUCUGCUUGAGCAGUACUGGUCCAUAGACUCAGAUUCUAGGCUAGGGAGUGAAGUAGACAAUGAAAUCAGGAAGACCCUUUUACACAAAGGUUCUCAAAAGUUCCCUCCAUAUCCUGAGAACCCACUGAUCAAACAGUACAGUGCAGAGUACUGGAUCUUGGGUGACUUGAUGACCCCUCCUGAGUUGAGAAAUGGCUCUUUUGCUAAAAGGGUGUUUGAUGCUGAGGAGGCUGAUGUGAUCUUAGUGCCAUUUUUUGCAACAUUGAGUGCUGAGAUGCAACUGGGGUUGAAUAAAGGAGCAUUUAGAAAGAAGGUAGGGAAUGAGGACUAUGAGAGGCAGAAAAUGGCUGUGGAUACUGUGAAGCAGACCAAGGCUUGGAAACGCUCUGGAGGCCGUGACCAUGUAUUUGUUCUCACUGACCCAGUUGCAAUGUGGCAUGUUAAAGCUGAGAUUGCUCCAACGAUUCUCUUAGUGGUGGAUUUUGGAGGGUGGUAUAAGCUCGAUGCAAAAGCAGCAAAUGACAGCUUACCAGAUAUGAUACAGCACACUCAAGUUUCAUUGCUGAAGGACGUGAUUGUGCCUUACACCCAUUUACUACCUAAAUUGCAGUUAUCUGAAAACCAGAAGCGCCCUACGCUUAUUUACUUCAAAGGAGCUAAGCAUAGGCAUAGGGGAGGGCUGGUUCGAGAAAAACUAUGGGACUUGCUGGUUAAUGAGCCCGGAGUAGUAAUGGAAGAAGGUUUUCCAAAUGCCACCGGGAAGGAGCAGUCAAUUAAGGGAAUGAGAACGUCAGAGUUCUGCUUGCACCCAGCAGGAGAUACACCCACAUCAUGCAGACUAUUUGAUGCCAUCCAAAGUCUCUGUAUCCCGGUCAUUGUUAGCGACAAUAUUGAGCUCCCGUUUGAAGGGAUGACUGAUUAUUCAGAAUUUUCUGUCUUCGUAGCAGUAAGUGAAGCACUGCAACCAAACUGGCUUGUGAGCCAUCUUAGGAGCUAUUCAAGUGCACAGAAGGAUAGACUUCGGCGUAAUAUGGCUCAGGUCCAGCCCAUCUUCAACUAUGACAGCGGUCAUCAAGGUGGUAUCGGUCCCAUACCUCAUGAUGGCGCUGUGAACUCCAUAUGGAAAAAGGUUCACCAAAAACUACCUAUAAUCAAAGAAGCUAUCAUCCGAGAGAAAAGGAAACCUCCCGGAGUUUCUGUUCCACGCCGUUGCCAUUGUACUUGAAGCUAUUAUCCUAUGGUACAGCUAAUAUUUUUUAUUUAUUACAAAAUUUUGCCAGCUUGGUUCCCUUGAAAACUCAGUAAUCAUUCAUUACAUUUCUUGCAACUGUAGAUUGGACUUGCAUGCUUUUACAACUCAUGCCCAUUAUCUAUGUUUUACCUGUUGUUGUUGACGUAAACUUCAUUUCUUGUUAUAUAGCAGAUUUGCUUUAAAGCUUGUGUGAUGCCUUUCCCUCUUUUGAAACAAUUGUAUCAUGGUAAAUUUGUAUGGAAAUGCUAUGACCAUGGUGGCA